UAUAAUUCCAGCAGAGUAACGUCAGUUUAUAACAAAAUUUGUUUUUAUAGCAUACAAGAUCCAUUGUGUUUAAUUACAAAGGCGAUUUGUUUUGUUUAAAUUUACUUUAAUUUUCUAAUUUAUAUUGAUUCGAAAAUGUUCAGAUUUUUACGUUACCCUGUCCACUCUUAUUUUCCUAGAAGUUAUACAACUAAAUUGGCUCAACCGACGUCAGUACGAAUAGUGGAGGUCGGUCCACGAGAUGGUCUUCAGAACGAAUCCAUGCUUUUGCCAACCGAAACAAAAAUAGAACUGAUAAAUGCCCUCUCGGAGACUGGACUCCGUUCAAUAGAAGUGACCAGUUUCGUUAGCGCCAAAUGGGUUCCACAGAUGGGAGAUAAUGCGGAGGUAUUUAAGGGCAUCAACAAAAUGCCGGGAAUUAGCUAUCCAGUUCUUACGCCGAAUCUGAAGGGAUUUGAGGCUGCGCUUAACGCAGGUGCAGAGGAAGUUGCCGUUUUUGGAGCCGCUUCUGAAAGUUUCACCAGGAAAAAUGUGAAUUGUUCGAUUGACGAAAGUCUUAUUCGUUUUGGAGACGUCAUGGCAGCUGCAAAAAAGGCACAAGUCAAAGUAAGAGGAUAUGUGUCAACUGUCAUAGGUUGCCCAUAUGAAGGUAAAAUCAAACCAUCGGCUGUAGUUCGUGUGGUGGACAAACUCCUAGAAAUGGGAUGUUACGAAAUAUCUCUCGGGGAUACGAUCGGUGUAGGAACACCCGGCAGCUUCUCAAACAUGCUCCGUGAAGUAACUAAGAUCGCACCGGUCAGCAUGCUGGCCGUGCAUUGUCAUGAUACGUACGGACAAGCAUUAGCGAAUAUACUUACCUCGUUGGACUUCGGAGUCGCUGUAGUGGAUUCUUCUGUGUCUGGCCUUGGAGGUUGUCCUUAUGCGAGAGGUGCAUCGGGUAACGCUGCAACGGAAGAUGUGGUUUAUAUGUUGGACGGACUUGGGAUCUACACUGGAAUUGAUUUACCCAAACUGGUGAAUGUUGGCAAGUUCAUCUGUGAUAAGCUCGAACGGCGUUCCGAGUCCAAAGUCAAUCGUGCCAUGAGAAAAACAAAUCCCAACGUUAAAUGUUAGCAAAGUUGAAGCGACUACCAUACAGAUUCCAGAUGAUUGAGAACAUGUGCAUUUAUUACAUUAAGGUUGAAAACUUAGUCAUAUCUACGUAUAUAUUUUAAAUACAUUUCUAUUUUGUCCUA